GUUUAAUAGGUUAGAAAUGUCCAUUAUUGACAUAGAAAUUAAAAAAUUAUUGGACAUGAAAGUGAUUAUUCCUGUGAAUAGUGAAGCAGGCCAAAUUUUAUCACCGAUUUUUUUGAGACAAAAAGAAAAUGGUGAAUACAGAUUAAUUCUGAAUCUAAAGAAAUUAAAUCGGUUCAUUCCAUAUCAGCAUUUUAAGAUGGAAACCUUUGAGAAAACCCUACCAUUGAUAACCAAAAAUGUAAAAAUGGGGUCUGUCGAUAUCCGUCAUGCUUAUUAUUCAAUUAAACUUGCAGAUGAACAGCAAAAAUUUUUUAGAUUCCAGUGGAGGGAUAAAAUCUACCAAUAUACCUGCUUACCCAAUGGGGUCAGUGAAGGCCCGCGAUUGUUUACAAAACUUCUUAAACCAGUUUUUGGGAAACUGAGAAGUUUAGGUUAUGUUAGUUCAGGGUACAUUGAUGACAGUUUAAUAAUUGGCAGUGAUGAUUUAGAAUGUACGGAGAACUUAAAUGCAACAGUUACACUUCUGUCCAAAUUGGGUUUCAUCAUAAAUGAAGACAAAUCAGUUUUGAGACCAACAAGCAAGUUAAAAUUUUUGGGAAAUGUUAUUGAUUCUGACAAAAUGAUAGUAACACUGCCACUUGACAGGCAGGAGAAAAUAAUUUCUGCAUGCGAAGAGUUGUAUAAUGUUUCAAAGGCACCUAUUAGACAAGUGGCGAGAGUCAUUGGGUUGUUAGUAGCAAGUUUUUCAGCUGUGGAUUAUGGCAAACUGUACUAUAGGAAGUUAGAAAGAGCAAAGAUUAAGGCUUUACAAGAAUCGAAGGGUAACUAUGAUGCACCCAUGAUAAUAUCAAACAGUAUGAGGUCAGAUUUAAUUUGGUGGAUUGUCAACUUGAAAUCCCAGCAUAGGGUUAUUGCUAGACCAAACCCCUCAGAGACUUUACAUACAGACGCAUCCACUUUAGGUUGGGGUGCAAGUUAUAAAAACAAUAAUAUUGGAGGUAGAUGGACGGAUGUAGAGGCUUACUGGGAAACUGUGUGCAGAAAGUCAGACAGGACAGAGCCAAGGGAAUCAUUGUAGCACCAAUGUGGCCCACACAAGCAUGGUUUCCG